AUCAACAUCAACAACCCAAUUAAUAACACCGCCAUCAUUUAAUAAUAAUAUAACAGCAACAACAACAACAACAACACAUCAUUUGACCGGUAUUAAUAAUAUAUCACCAGCAAAAUUACGACCUAAAAGUGAUUUACAAAGAAAUAAAUCGAACGAACGUACAAAUUCAUAUCGAUUUUCAAUGGCUAAUUUAGAAGAAACACAUGAAUCUGAAUUAGAUGCAAUAUUAGGUGAACUUAGUUUACUUGAACAUACAAAUUCAACAACAGAAUUAAGACAUGGUAGAACACAUAGUCGUUCAAAUUCAACAGUAUCUGGUGCUACAAAUUCAACAAUAUCAUCAUCAUCAGAAAGUGGUAAUGGUUCUGAAAAUGGUGUUGCAUUACGUGAACCACGUACUGAAAGUCCAGAUAAUGAUUCAGCAUUUAGUGAUACUGUAUCAUUAUUAUCAUCAGAAUCAUCAGCAUCAUCUGGUGUUGUUAGUGCAGCACAUUUAAAACAACAACAUGCUGCUGGUAAUAUACAACAAAUUGAUAGUGCUAAAGCAGCAAAAAUUCAAUUAGCAUUACAAAAAUUAGAGCAUGCAUCAAUAAGACGAUUAUUUGUUAAAGCAUUUUCAGCUGAUGGUGCAUCAAAAUCAUUACUUGUUGAUGAAAGAAUGUCAUGUGGACAUGUAACAAGAUUAUUAGCUGAUAAAAAUCAUGUUCAAAUGGAACCACAUUGGGCAUUAGUUGAACAUUUAACAGAUUUACAAAUGGAGAGACUGUUCGAAGAUCAUGAGCUAUUAGUUGAUAAUUUAAUGAUGUGGAGUCCUGAUUCAAAAAAUCGUGUCCUUUUCUUACAACGUAAUGAUAAAGUUUCAUUAUUUUGUGCACCAGAAAAAUAUUUACCUGGAACUCAAAUGGCUCCCGGAAGUGAACAUGAUGAACAUACUCGUUCAAUGUUAUUGGAUGAAUUUUUCAAUACUCCAAAUGGUGGUGGUAAUAGUAAUAGUGGUCAAAUACAAAUGGAUGGACCAUUAUAUAUGAAAAGUGAUUAUAAAAAAGCCUGGAAACGUUAUCAUUUUGUUUUAAGAGCCUCUGGAUUAUAUUAUUUUCCAAAAGAGAAAACAAAAUCACCUAGAGAUUUAUUAUGUUUAACAUUAUUUACUGGACAUAAUGUUUAUAAAGGAAUUGGUUGGAAGAAAAAACAUAAAGCACCUACUGAUUUCACUUUUGCAUUAAAAUCUCCAGCUGAACAAUGUACAGCGAAAGCGAGUAGAUCUUUAAAAAUGUUGUGUGCUGAAGAUCCAGAAACUGUUGAUAAAUGGGUAACAGCAAUACGUAUUGCAAAAUAUGGUAAAGCAAUUUUUGAUAAUCAUAAAACUUUAGUAGAGGAUUUGACCCGUGAGGAAUUAGAUAAAUUUUCAGCAGCUAGAAGUAAUUCAAUUGGAAGUAUAAUAUCUUCAGUUCCCUCUCAAUGUAGUAGUAAUAUGUCUGUACCACAAUCAGCAUCUAAUGGAAGAUUAUCUCGUGCAUCAAGUUCUAGUUCUAGUGGUUGUUUAUCUGAUGAUAAUAAUGGUUUUGAUUCAGAAUUUACUACUGGUACUAUUAAAAGAAAACCAUCAAUGAAACCAAAUUUACCCUUAACAUCGAUGACAAGACAACUUAAAGAAGUUGGUGAAACUACAGUUGUUGGUAAUGCAAAUGGUGAUAUUAGUAAUCCAACAUCACCUGAGCGUGGCGGUACACUAACAAGACGUCACAGUCGACGAAGAAGCGAAGAAAGUAAUAGUAGUGGAACACUUAAACGUCGUCAGCCACCAACUCGUGGCUCUAUAGAAAGUAUGAACUCAUCAAAUGCUUCAACACCUACACCGACACCAAGCACUCCAGGAACUCCAUUAGCUACACAAGCUAAUAUAAACAGUUCAUUACUAAGUCCACUUGAGCAAAUGCCUUCCAAUAUGACAGAUUCUAUGUUUUCACUUCCUCCACCACCACCUGAGGAAGUAGAUGCUUCAAUGAGUGCGUCAACAUUUUCAUUAGAUUCGCUGCCUCCGCCGCCACCUCCAAAUGAAUUAAUUGAUGGAAAAGAAUUAUCGGGUUCACAAAUGUCAUUAGUUAGCCUCCCUCCACCACCACCAGAAGUAAAGCCCGUGAUAUUGAUUCAACAGCAGCAUAAACAACAACAAUCACCAAUUAAAGUUCCGACAACAAAUAACGUUCCUGAACCGCCAAAAGAAAUUAAUGCAACUCAAAAAUUAAUUUAUAACAGUAAAACGUUGCCAGUGGUCACAAUUGAUAAUAAAAAGGAAAUCUCCUCGCCAGUAGCUAUAUCAAAAACAAUGAAACCAAGUAUAAAAGCUCCACCAUAUAAAUCACCACCAGCUUAUAAUGGUAAUGGUCCAACACCUGCAUUGAAACCAUUAACAAAUUCAGUUUCAUCGCCAUCAACGCAAAAAAGUGUUUCAUUUGCUGAUUCUCCAGUACUUUUAAGAAGAAAAGUUUGUUUUGAGGAUCAAGUUCAACAACAACAAAUACACCCGCAACAAUUAUCACCAAGAAAAACAUUAUCAAAUACAACAAAUUCUAAUGCACCAUUACCACCACCACGAGCUGAAGCUACAAGAUUAUCAACAAAUUUAACUUCACCAAAACGAUUAUCCGAUUCGACAUCAAAUCCGCCCAGAGAUUUUUUGAAAGAUUUACAAAGAGUUAUGAGAAAAAAAUGGCAAGUUGCACAAAAAUGUAAAUUAGAACCAGCAACAACGCCCCAUGAAGUUUUAGGUUUUAGAGAUUUUAAUGAUGAACUUGGACUUGGUCCAAAUCAUCAAUCACAUUUUUAUAGAGAAACAGCAAAUGUUAGUAAUUGGGUGCAAGAACAUUACGGUAAUAUGACAAGUAAUAAUACACCGAAUGAAUAUGCUCUUUAUGAGAAUUUAGGUAACGAUAUCAAUAUGAUAGAUCAAUAUAAUGGUGUUGCACAUCAAUCAAUAAUAGUUCCAAUAAAGAAAAGACCUCCACCACCUCCACCUAAAAGGAGUGAAUCAACGCAACUAACACAUAGAGCAUAGAUAAAAUAAAAUAUAUAAUAUAUUAUUAACGAAAAUUACAAUAAUAAUAAUAACUUGAAAAAUUAACAGAUAAUGAGAUUUUAAGUAAUUUUUUAUGUGCAAAAAUGAAUAACUAUCAGACUGAAGAAAAUGUUAAACAUAUUUUAUGUAUUCGAAGUACAUAAUUAAAUAUUUGCCAAAUUGUUCACACAUCUUAUACAACUUCCAGCUAAAUAGAACUACAACUUCUAGAUUUUUAUUUGACUAUACAGAACGAAAUUUAAAUGUUAUACAUAAA